AUGUCGGGGUCGGUGUCAGGGCUGGAGCAGGCAUGCAAGGUGCCUGGGUUUCUGAGUGUGCGAGUCCGCGGGAGGGCUGCCAUCCUCCGAGCUGUGCCCUGCUGGCCGAGAUCGGCCGCCGCCGGAAGGCCCCUCCUUGGGCUCUGGUGCAGCGGUGAGCGGGAUCCCAGGAGGAGGGUGGGAAGCAGGCCGCCCACCAUGAAGGAGUUACCAUCAGACACAGAGACAGAAAAAUUCCAGAUGGUCUACCGGUUUGACGCCAUCCGAGCCUUUGGGUACCUGUCCCGCCUGAAGGUGGCGCAGACGGGCCUCACAGUAGUGGUCCUACCGCCCAGCUUGUACUGGUACUCCCAAGGCCUCAUGAGCCUCGACUCGCUGUACCUCGUGGGUGGGGUCGCUGGCUUCGCCCUGGCCAUGCUGUGCUGGAUGAGCCAUUUCUUCCGGAGGCUGGUGGGCAUCCUGUAUGUGAACGAGUCAGGCACCAUGCUGCGGGUAGCCCACCUGACCUUCUGGGGCUGGCGGCAGGACACCUACUGCCCUGUGGCCGACGUGAUCCCCCUCACCGAGACCAGGGACCGGCCUCAGGAGGUCUUCAUCCAGAUCCAGCAGUACAGCAAGAAGCAGACAUUCUACCUCACACUGCGCUAUGGGCGAAUCUUAGACAAAGAGCGAUUCACGCAGGUGUUCGGGAUGCUGGACACGCUCAAGUAA